GCUCCAAACUCCCGGCCAGGGCGCGCGGUGGCGUCCUCGCUCUCUAGCUUGCGCCCCCGCCCGUCGCCCGCGCGAGCCAGGCAUGAAUGCUGAGACUUGCGUCUCUUACAGCGAGUCGCCGGCCGCUGCCAUGGACGCCUACUACAGCCCGGUGUCGCAGAGUCGGGAGGGCUCGUCACCUUUUAGGGCAUAUCCCGGCGGCGAUAAGUUCAGCACUACUUUUCUGUCCGCCGCCGCCGCCGCCAAAGGGCAGGGAUUCGGGGACGCCAAGAGCCGGGCUCGCUACAGCGCGGGGCAACAGGACCUGGCGGCACCCCUGGAGAGUAGCGCCGGGGCGCGGGGCUCCUUUAACAAGUUCCAGCCCCAGCCACCCGCCCCGCAGCCGCCACAGCCGCCGUCACAGCCGCAGCCGCAGCCGCCGGCGCAGCAGCCGCAUCUCUACAUGCAGCGAGCCGCCUGCAAGACGCCCCCGGACGGCAGCCUCAAACUCCAGGAAGGCAGCGGCGGCCACAACGCGGCUUUGCAGGUCCCCUGCUACGCCAAAGAGAGCUCCCUGAGUGAGCCCGAGCUGCCGCCCGACUCUGACACCGUGGGGAUGGACAGCAGCUACCUCGGUGUGAAGGAGGCUGGGGUGAAGGGGCCCCAGGACCGGGCCAGCACUGACCUCCCCAGCCCGCUGGAGAAGGCCGACUCGGAGAGCAACAAGGGCAAGAAGCGGCGGAACCGAACCACCUUCACCAGCUACCAGCUGGAGGAGCUGGAGAAGGUCUUCCAGAAGACCCACUACCCUGACGUGUACGCGCGGGAGCAGCUGGCCAUGAGGACAGACCUCACCGAGGCCCGUGUGCAGGUCUGGUUCCAGAACCGGAGGGCCAAGUGGAGGAAGAGGGAGCGUUUUGGGCAGAUGCAGCAGGUUCGAACCCACUUCUCCACGGCCUAUGAGCUGCCCCUCCUCACUCGAGCUGAGAACUACGCCCAGAUUCAGAACCCGUCCUGGAUCGGCAACAACGGGGCUGCCUCACCGGUGCCGGCCUGCGUGGUCCCCUGCGACCCAGUGCCAGCCUGCAUGUCCCCGCAUGCCCAUCCCCCUGGCUCCGGGGCCAGCGGUGUCACCGACUUCCUGAGUGUCCCUGGCGCUGGCAGCCACGUGGGCCAGACGCACAUGGGCGGUCUGUUCGGGGCCGCGGGCCUGAGCCCAGGCCUCAACGGCUACGAGCUCAGCGGCGAACCGGACCGCAAGACCUCGAGCAUCGCAGCCCUCCGCAUGAAGGCCAAGGAGCACAGCGCGGCCAUCUCCUGGGCCACAUGACAGGGCCCUCCCGUCCCAUCCCCGCCGCACCCUCCCAGGCCUUGGGGCUCUGGCCAGGCCCGCGUUUCCCAGGCUCCCAGCCUCCCACUCGACUUUCCUCUUAGGAACCUGGCCUGGGCCAGGGGCCUGACCCUCAGCACUUUCAGCCACCCCCAGUCUGAGGCCCUGUGGACGGCUGGGAGGGAGGGGACAGCUGGCCCCUGCCCUUCCUGGGCCCCGAGGCUGAGACCCCUGCUCCUGGCCAGGGGCAGCGGAGGAGGCCGGUGGCCGAGUUUUGCAGCUUUGCAUCCUUUAUAAGCUGAAGACCCUUUCUCCCCACUCCUGCUCUCUCAGCCUGCCUGGUUUGACCACUGAGUCGAGUUUAGAUUCCUCUCGAGACCCAGCAGCAGCUACAGCGCUAUUGCAUCUGUCCUUCCUACUUCUGUGUGGUCCCCAGUCACCAGGCCCAAGACUGUGUCUGAAGAAAAGCCUCCUGCCCUCCCCUCGGAAUCUGACCUCCUGGACCCAAGGCACCCGUCUCCCUUCACCCAGGAGGGUGGAGACCUGUCCUGGCUGUCCCCUGUGCUGGACACACCCAGAGGGCGUAGGCAGAGGAGCGGGGAGCUGGAGCCCAAGAGCCCGGCUGUCACCCAGUGAUGCUGACAUCCAGGGGCAAGGGGGAUGUGUUCCCACGCCCUCGCACCCCGGAAACUCUGGAUCUGGAUGCAGGCCACCUGGGCGCCCGUGGUGCUGGAGGAAGAAGCAUUUCCAGGGCUACAGGGAGGUGUCCAGGCAGGGGCAGGGGAUCGUGCGCACACUUCCGCUCUCCGACCACCGGACUCCCCGGUGCGGGCAGGAUGACAGCAGCAGCAGGCAGGUCGGGGCAGCUCUGUUCUUCCAGGCAGGCCCCUCCAGGAGGAUGUCUCUCCCUCCCCCGCCCCAUCCUGGCCACUCCCCGGGUCUGCUGAGCAGUGUCCUGGCGUGGAAAGGCACCGGGGACACACAGCGGGGGCCUGGAGGGACGGCGGCAGAGGGCGGAGAGCAGGGUGCGAGAUUUGCUAGAGGCCGUGUGCCCACGCUCGGCCCCCGGUCUGGUAGGGCGGCCCUUGAGCUGCCUCAGACCGCCUUUCCUCACCAGCCAUCUCUGACACACUGCCGUACCUUCCAGAGCCUUCCACCGUGGGUGGGGCCCCCGUGGUCUUUCAGGCACAGGGCAGGCAGAGCCCACCCCAACUCUUCUUCCCCAGGGGGUCGGAAGUCUCAGCCCCACCCUCUGGCCUCUGGAAGGGCCCACGGGGCUGAGCUUCCCUGAGUCACUGGCUCUGCCCUAGUUGUAGGGAACAGGGUACCCUCUGGAAGCAGGGUUCCUGCCUGUAGGAAGGGGCCUCCUUCUGGGUGGAAGUGGGGGGGGGAUUCCGUGUCUGCUUGACUUGAGAGACCUACAGCUUGUUCGUUCCCAGCCGUCACCAAAGCUCCUGGUGUCCGGUGCCUGUGGUCUGAGCCAGGCCCUGGGAGGGCCAUGGCAGGUGGCCCCAGGGCGGGGCUCCUGCCUUUUUUACCCCCCUUGACCUUGUCAGUGAGCAGGGCCAGGUCUCUCAGGCCGGGGGCCCUGGACGCAGGACAGCCUCUUGGGUCCGACGGACGGACAGGUGUGGGGUCCUCUCCCCUGAGCUGCUUGGGGCUUGGAGGAAACUGCAGUCUCCCCCUGCCUCAUGUUCCCAUUGGCCCCAGGAGCAGGGCGGGGCCGGGUCUGGCUUAGGCCUCCCGUGACCAGAGCUGGGCCCCUUUGUGAACCUGCACUCUAAAACCCAUCUGCGAGAAGUGGCAGGGGUCUCGGACAUUAAAUUAGAUGUUCUCGAAGGCUUGGCUUCCAGGAUUUCAUUCCUCGGAGGACCUCGGAGUGCCUCUCAGGAGCCUUCUCCAGUCCUGAGGUUCACUGAGGUAGCUCAGGCUCCCCAGAACCUAGCCGGGGAAAGGAGGAAGUUGCUGACAGCUGGGAACCGUCCCCGUCCCCUCCUUAAAUGCUCUAGUGGCUAGAAGGACCCAGGCACUUUCACCAAAGGAGUGUGGCUGCCCAGGAGAGACUCAGGAUACAGAAGAAGCCCCGGGAAUGGGGCGGGGGAGGGGGUGGUAGGAAAAGGACUUGAAGUAGAUUCUUCUGGAAGGGACCCCUGGCACUCAGUUCUCUGUGUCUGCUCUCUGACUGGACCAGACUCAUAAAUCAGGCAAAUUUGAACCAAAGCGCCUGAGAAGAAAAAGCCUGUGGUAGAAGGAGGCACUGUGGCCUGGGCUGCCUGUCUCGCCAGGGCCGAGUAUUAAUGAUGCAAAGGUCCCCGUUCGUCUCCUCACAGGUGGUGUCCCAGGCCCAGGCCUGUCCCGCCCUGCCCUGGGGGAAUAGAGGGUUACUCUGGUUAGUCCAAACCCUGCACAAUGGAGGUGAGAAGACCCUGCCCCCCAGUGGAGAAGUGGCCCCCGGCCCCAUCUCACCGGAGGCUGACGGAGCGGCCCUGACCGCUGCCCUGGCCCUGACGGCCUCGGGGCCUUUGUGGGCAGCUGGUGCUCGGAGCACCCCAGGCCUCACACCUCGCCCAGCAGCUCAGCCCUCCGCCUGAGCGCCCCGCUCCUCAGGCUUCUCUCUGGGUCAGUCCCAUCGGGCCGCUAGGCCCAGGCCUUCUGUGUGCCAGGGUCGGGGGGCGCCUGAAACAGCCCCUGUGAUGACUGAGCAAGCUCUGGGGGCUUUGCUGGGCCGGGUGGCUUCCUCGGGAUGGCAGACAGACAGGAGACUCCACCCGCUCGGCGGGUCCCCACCAGCAAAUACGCUGGAAGAGGUGAAGGUCUCCUUUGGCUACUCGCCUAAGAUCUCAACAGAGAUGGCGAUGCCAACCUGAGCUGCCAGGUAGCAGGUGGACGGAUGCGCAGCCUCCCCUGCACCGAGAGCCUCUCCUGCCCCCUGGGCGUGUGUCUGCGGCCAAGGCCUGACCCAUGCUGCUACCAGGCUCAGCUGCUGUCAUCGCCCCCGGGCACAGGAGCGGGCUCCGGGGGCGGGCACAUGGGGAGGCCUGCCCCCAGGUCCUCGGUGGCACUAGCAGGACAUGGGCUCUGUAAGUUCCCCGGAGUUCUCUCCCCUAUACUUGAUUCUCAGCUCUCACUGCCAGGCCCCGGCUUCAGGAAGCACGGUGGCCGGGCUAGUUCAAAGACGCAGCAAGAGGUGGGGGGACGGCAACUGUGAGGUGGGCCCCAGCACGCACUGCUGUGGCCACGCUGGGCCCAGCUCUGGUGCCCUUCCCACCCUCGUUUCUGUUGGGUGGGCAAGAGGGACUUUCCCAUGAAAGCGACCGCGUGUCCUGCUUACGCAACCAUUCUCUCGUGGCUGGGUCGUGGGGAGACGGUGCUGAGAGACACUCUGGGGCUUCCAGUUAGUUUGACAGGCCCGACGGUCAGAGGCAGAGGCCACCAGGCCUCGUGGAGGGGAGGAUGGCUGGCAGACUGGCCCCCAGGAUGAUAAUACAUGACCCUCAACGAGAACAGUGAGGAGACCACACCAACCCCGCUUCUCAAGGUCGCACCAACCCACUGCGCUUCCGGAAGGAUGCUGUCAGGUGGGAAGGUGGUCCGGUGAACACGCCCGCCCCUGCCCCCUUCACUCACGUACACAGAGCUAGGCCUUUAUACUACUGAUUUUGAAGGGCAGUGUCCAGUGUCUCACGGUCCGGGCGUGCCGCGGUCGGAACGCCAGCUGCGUGCUAGAAUGUCAUGAACCUCAACCAGUACUGACUGUUCUCCUUGUAAGAUAUUUUAACCUUGUGUAAAUGCAACUUUUCUUUUAGCUUAAUGGCCUGGGGUGGAUAUUAAAAAUAUAUAUUAAAAAUACAUGAAAAUUUCAGAAAAAAAUGUAUUAAAAAAAUGAGGUCGGUUCCAUAAAGUUUUACUGCCUGUACCACCAUGUAACUACAUUACAGCAAAAUAUUAAUAGAAACGUUCUUGCCUUUGAAGUAAGUUAUUGCACUUACAUCUUAUCGGGGAGGGAGGGGGACACUGAGGAGGAGGGGCCCAGGCGCGGGGCCAGACGGAGAGCAGAAGCAGCCGGACGCCCCCGCCCACCCUUGACCGGGCACAGCCCGA